GCACAGGCCUUGGAGGAGGCCAGGUGUCGAGAGAUAUGGGGGGAUGGUGAGCAAGGCGGGGUGGUGGCGGGGGAGGACAUUAUGGAGGGAGUGGCAGCAGAGGCGGACGAUGAGGCUAUGCAGGGUGGGCCAGAGGCAGUAGAUGUUCCUGUGGAGGGCCAGCCACAGGCGGUGGAUGAGGCUCUCCAGGCAGGACAAGGGCGAGACGAGGGGGCUAGAGAUGAACAACCCGUGGUUCAUGAGAGAGCGACGGGUCCAGUCGUUCCAUUCUCCGGCUUGCACUUGGCUGAGGGCCGACGGUCGCAGCCGGUUCAGGUGGCAGUGCAUGAUGUACCACCGCCCGUUAUCAUGGAUUUGGGGUCCGAGCCGGUGGUUGUGCCUCCACGUCCUCGUAGUCACUUUGCUCCGCAGGAGGUCCGUCGUCCUUUGGAUGCAGAGGAGUUGGCGAGAGAUGUUAUGCCCGAUGUUACUCAAUUGGACCGGCGGAUCUUCGACCAAAGGCUCGCGCAUCCACUGUGGCAGGCGAUCCCUUCAGUUCCAUGGGGUCCUUUGUCGCCCGUGUGGUCUUGGUCUACCUCUAGCGGAGGACAUACCGUGGGAGUUGUUCCAGGGGUUUCGGGUGGCGUGCAGGAGACAGCGCCACGUAAAGGAUACAUGCCACCCCCUCCUCCUAGACCACCUGUGGGUGUUCCAUCAUUGUCGCCCACAGGCAGAGGCUCUUCAUCCCCACACACGCCUAGGAGAUCGAGGAUUCGUGACACGAUAGCAGUUGAGCGGGACGUGUGUGACACAACAUUAUUCGGGAGGACAGGCAUGAAUUUGGAUUUCACCCGCCGUGUCACGCAACACACUGCACGCCUUCAGUCGGCUUUGGGAUCCCGCGGCGCCAGGGCGACCUCAACGAGGGAGGUAGCAGCAUCAGGUUGUGAGCCUCGCGACAGAGGAGGAGUGUCCGCCACGACCUUGGACCACACUCUCAGAGCAGCGACGCAUGUUGUGCAUGAGCAGACUCCACGCAAGCAUGGAGUGACUCCUCAUCCACACCCCAUGGCUGCAGAGGGAGGUGCUGCACUUGGAGAGAGUUCGGGGGCUGAGGGGUUGGGGAUGCCUCAUGGAUCCCGUCGUGAGCAGACGGUUGCAGAGGCUGGUACGGGGGUUGUUGUGUUGAGGAAGGGAGGAGGCCCUGUCACCAUCAAGGAGGAUGAUCCGAAGACGGCACCGAUAGUGGUGGAGGAGGACGAGGACUAUGAGGGCGAGGAGGAGGGUGUCACUGAGGAGGAGAGCGAGAGCGGCGACAGUGGUGACGGCGACGACGACGACGAUGAGCCCCCACCUCCCCCACCGACGCGUGCAUCUAGACGCUCCACUGCGCAGACUUCUUCAUCCGCACGAGGGAGGAGGAGGUCGACAUCAGGCACUUGAGGGGGUACGAGGAGACAGAGGGGGAAGGGGAAGAGGGGUCGGUGACCGUGAGGCCAACACUCCGCUUUUCCCCUACU